CUGCAUUCGGAGCGGGAACCCGCGUGUGUCGUGAAAAACGCGCACCGCAACGCGACGUGACACACAUAAAACAAAAAAGAGAGAACGCAGCGGCGUGCCGCACACCGAUGUCGUCCGCUGCCCUAGCCCGUCGCCUGGUGCGUCAAGUCGCGGCCGGAGUGAGCCGGCGCGCGCGCUCCAGUGAGGCCGCGGCCGCCGGCUGCCCCUUCCACCGCGCGCUGGAACAAACGGCGCACCGCUCCGUGGGAGCGGAGCAGUGGAGCGGAGCGGAACCGUCGUCUCUGGUGACCGAGAAGAGUUCGUCGGCGAGCAAGCCCUUCUCUUCGCUGCCCAGUCCCAAGGGGUUGCCAGUGCUGGGCACGACGCUCGACGUGCUCCGAACCGGAGGCGCGCCCAAGAUCCACGAGUACUGCGACCGGCGGCACCGCGAGCUUGGACCCAUCUACCGCGAGACGCUAGGUAGCGUGGACGCUGUCUUCGUGGCCGACAGUGCGCUCAUUCAAAAGGUGUACACCAACGAAGGCAAGUUCCCCAUGCACAUGGUGCCCGAUGCCUGGCUCAUCUACAACGAGGUCAAAGGGAUUCAGCGCGGACUCUUCUUCAUGGAUGGCCCGGAAUGGAUCGACAGACGCCGGAGCCUCAACAACGUGUUCCUCAAAACCAAGACAGUCACGAACAACGUGCCCGUCUUCAAUGACGUCAUCACGGAUCUUCUGGAUCGGUGGCAGGAAGCCCGCAACGACAAGGGCAUCUUGGAGAACGUCGAGCGCGAGCUUUACAACUGGUCCAUUGAAUCGUUGGGUGCCAUGAUCUUCGGCCGGCGGCUUGGCUGCAUCGCGCAAUCCUCGAGCAUGGAUAACGUGCACGAGUUCGUCCACUGCGUGCAGCAGAUCUUCAACGAGUCGGCCAAAAUGUCCAUGUUCUCACCGCGCCUCGCCUACCGUCUUCGGUUGCCCGUAUGGCGGCGCUUCGUCCGGGCAGCUGGACGAGCACUCGAGCUCGCGAGAGAUUACGUGGAGGAGAACGUGAAAGCAAUCGCCAAAGAUCCGUCGUCAGCUGCCCAGCACAACCAAGGCAUUCUAAGUCAACUGCUGCUGAACGAAAAAAUCUGCGAGGAAGAACUUGUCCGCAUCGUCACAGACCUCUUUCUGGCCGCAGCCGAUACGACGUCACACGCCACCCAGUGGGCGCUGUACCUUCUCGCCAAACACCCCGAGCAGCAGGAGCGGCUACUCAAUUCGGUGCGUAGCGUCCUACCGGAGGGUCAGCCAAUCAACGAGGAGAGCCUGGCGCGGCUGCCCUACGUCAAGGCCGUAAUCCGGGAAGCCCUACGAUUGUACCCGGUAGCGCCUUUCCUAACAAGAAUCCUGUCCGAAGACAUUGUCCUUGACGGAUACCACAUUCCCGCUGGGAAGCUAAUCCUAAUGUCCCUGUACACUACUGGACGGGACGAACAGCACUUCUCCGAUCCGCACGCGUUCAAGCCCGAGCGAUGGCUGCGAGAUCGCGACCGCACGGGCCAGGUCAACUCGUGGGCCUGCCUUCCGUUCGGCCUCGGCGCCCGCUCUUGCAUCGGACGACGGGUGGCUGAGGUCCAGAUGCAGUUCCUCAUCGCACGGACGGUGCAAAAGUUCCAGCUGACUCCAAGCACAGACAAGGACGUUCAAAUCAAGAUGCGGCUCAUCACCACCCCCGAGGAGCCAAUCUCUCUACGGAUGACCCCUCGGUAGCGGCCUGCAGUCUGUGGCUCGCCCACCAAGAAACAUGCGCGUCACAAGCGAUCCGAGUUGUCCGUGACACGGCGACGUCUACCUCGGCGCCGCCGUCGGACCGAAUGCCGGUGAUCCAGCGCCCAUCUACGCGGCGUCCUGGAAGGCAACCGGCGGGCCGGUCGCGUCGACGUCAAGCGCCGAGCUCGCUCCCUCGCCUCCACGGGGCCCCGAGCAAGCCAGCACUACCGCCAAAGACGAGGGCAGUCCAGAGCACGGCAAGCCCAGCUGGGACCACGCCCGAAAACGCACACACGCACACAAACACACAAAUACAGUGCCCCGCGAAAGGCGCGGCAUUGGCGUCGCUUCCGCUGGCCGGAAGUCAGGCUUAACGCGACUCCAUGUAUCGUGAACGUAAAGCAACCUGAUCCCAGCGUCACAACGAGACCUUUGUUCGCAUUUGCUGAUCGAUGCUCCCGAAAUUCGCAAGCCAGACAUGGGAGAUUCGCAUUUGUUGGCAAUUUACGGGGCCCUGGUCUCGGGCACACUACUUAAGAAGGACGCGUUUCGUUUUCUACAAGCGGUGCUGUUGUUUAUGUUCAUGUCCAGAAACUGCGGUGAUGACCUGUUUAUCGUUUCUCUCGUAACCGUAGCAACGUCGAGUGCUUGCCGGAAAGCUCAGUUGCGCGCGCAGAAAACGAGUGUCCUUUCACGACUCGUGUGGAGGUCUUCCCCUAUCCUCCCACUGGUAAAACAAUUACAGCAAAAAAAACUCAUUAAAGAAGAUAAGAAAGGAAGCGAAAUAAAAGCUGCCGAAAUUAAAUGGCUUUGUUAUGCGCAAUAUGCUUGUCGUCUAGAUGUACGAAAAAUGUACAUCGAACUGCUGCGUCGUGACAGGCCUUCCAUGUAGUGCCCUCCGCGGGACGGUCUGACCAAACUCUGAGCUUCGCCGACUUGCAUGAACGUUGCUUUCCCUAAAGAACACGUGCCUCAUUGUAAUAUAAUCGAGUGCUCCAGAAGGUAUUGCAUAAAGACAUGCUACGAAGUCGAUUUUGCAGUGUAGGGCAGAAGACGUGUCCGCAUACUCACGCCACUGACCUUAUGCCUGUUUGACACUUGUAUCGCGAGUAACUGCUCGGAAGCAGUGUUGUUUAAGCAGUGACCUUGAAAACGAUUAUUUCCACAUCUGUAAUAGGCCUCCAGGUUUCUUGCGACGAACCAAACUCCUGCAGUCUUGUGCAACAACAUCGCGCGGAAUGUCGAAGAUAUGCAACGCUAUGGCGCGCCCCUUCCUUCCGAGUGUGUUGUUAACGAAUCGGCGUGCCUAACUUGUACAUUAUCGCCGCUGUGCGCGUUCAUGUACUGUUGCAGUGAAUGUGUAUACAUUAACAGGUGGAAGCACUAGUCCGUUGGAGUCUGUUUGUGAUGUCUUGUGAACCGAGAUGCGAUGUGUGACUGGUGCUACGAACGUACACAGCACAAUCCUAAUUCACGAUUUUGUAACCACGCAUGCACGUUAUCUUGUUACUUCUCCUUUCUCUCUUUAUCUUACCAGUACCUUUAGUAAUACCCACUAACGACUCACUUGUUACGAUCUCAUGCAUGUUGUUUUAAGAGGACAACUCGCAUCCUUCAAUUUACGUUACACGACGACGUUCCAUACCAACUCGUUCACUUAGGUUUUAAGCACGGGUCACCCCCUGGCUCACAACAGUCCGGUUAAUAAUCUAAAGUCCUAAACAUAACGCGCACUGAAACGAGCGUGCUGUGCUGCGUUUAAACUGCGUUUCAUUGACGCUGCCGCUUCCUGGAAGGCGAUAAUGAUCUCUAUUUAAUGACGCGUUAGCUAGUAACGUCGUUCGUAGUCUCUUAAGCCUUCUUGUUUUACUUCAGGCGAUGAUCUGAACAUAACGCCUUUGGAUAGGCGUGCUGCAGGCCGAUCCGCCGAAUAUUACUAAAUCAAUUUUUUUAAACACCUCCGGACGUCAGCGCGGAUAUCAGAGACUAGCAAGCGCCGUUCGGCGUGUCGUUAUCUCCGCCAGCAGUGGCGUAGAGAUAAGCGUAGCAGCGUCUGAAGGUCAGACGACGUUAAAAUAUGCGGGGAAGCAAGCAAAGAGAAAAGUCUUGCAAAACGAAUUUCUAAGGAAUGAAAGCCGUCUGGGCCAGUUAGCUGAGAAGACAGCGUUGCCCUUCGCUACGAGUGCGUCGUCUUAAAAUUGCUAAAUUUCCGAGAAGAACCUCAGAAGUAUACUCGAAACCCUGAGGCAUCUCUGAGUCGUGGAAGAAAGUUUUCUCGGCACAUUUUAAUACGCGAUCAGGUGGAGACUUCCUCUGGAAUGUUGUCUUCUAUGUUCCUACUGUAUUGACGUGGGAAGGGUGUGCGGACGUCAUACCUUGCUCUUCACUGCGACACUAAAAAAAAAAAUAAUAAAGUGGGAUCCUUUCCACACGACGCAGCUUUCCCGCAAACUAUAAGCAUCUCGAUCGUCAAUCGGUGUUGUCCUCAUGUAGAAAACAACAACGUAAAGUAACUACGAAAAAAAGUGCAUCGUUCGUCACAAGCUUUGCCAACACGGAGCCGAGUCGUAUACAUACCCAACGUGUUCGACCAUUUUUUUUUUUUCUCGAGGUAGACUCGUAUCGUUUCCUCGUCGAUGUUUGUGUCCAUUUUCUCGGUGUUUGUCCCGACUAUUUAUUUUCCCCCGAUCCUUGGUGUGUACCCUUUUGAGGAGCCUUGAUCUCUAUACACGGGAGCGUUUUUGCGCUGACGUCUGUGUGUUCCUUGUCCGCAAAUGUGCCCGUGUUUACACAAACACCCUCCUGCGUCGAUCAAGCGCAUUCGCGCUAUCUCAUUCCUUUAUAAUAUUACCUCCUUCGGUUCCUCCUUUAUCAGAAACAAUCGCGUUUCUCAACUCUCAAGGCUGUCGAUGUGUGUCAAGCCUAAGCGGCAUCGCUAUGCAAUUCAGCAGGCAGCACAGCUCGAAGCAAUGCUCGAUGCCUCUUUUUAUUUUUUUUUCCUGACUUUUCAUUCCUACGGCGUCCUUUGCCCGCUGCUGACCACGUGACAAUCACAGAUCCUAUAUACGUGUCGUUUCGUUUCCCUCUCUCCCCUCAUCACGCCAACUAACCACCUAGGAGUCACCACGCGUCCUGUCAUAAACGUCCUCCCAUCGUCACAGAUUUUAAUGCGCCGUACUUGCUCGAAACCUACACGAAUACACCUUCUUUUCUUUUUAACUCUCUCACUUCAUCGCAUAUUAUAUUUAUCUAUUUAUCACGUCGUCCAAUCAUAAACGAAAACUCGCGGCUGCAUUGUGUUUCGAGGUACUUCUCGGAAAAAUUUCCGACACGGUCGCUGCCAACACACACAUAAACACACGAACACGUUCAAUGAGGCGUAAGUCUCGAACUACCCACCGACUUAAUUAUGUAUCACGCUCGCAGUGUUCACUCUAUCCUUUGUAUAGGAAGUCGCGACUGGUAUCGAAUGUCCUGUUCACCCCAGAUUGCUCGUGCGUGUUUUACGUAUAUAUAUUUUUGUACAGCUUCGACGCGUCUGACACUGUUUACUCUUGACCACAGAAGAUAAGUGCCACAUUGUACAAAACUCUCAGGUUGGGGAUCAACCGUUGUGUCUUGUCUCCUACAUUGACCACUAACUCGCAGCGCGCGCCAGUGUGUUGUUUUGCUCCACUGCAGAUGCCCUGAACAUGUGCAAUCACAUUAUUUCAUUCGUGCAUCUGCUCACGUGUUAGCGUGUGUGAAAGUGCACUGUGAUUUUUUUGUACGACAAGUAUCAAUGCCUUCACAUUUUGUAGUAGUUACGAGCACUGCUUUCGCUGACGCGACAGGCGCUUUGAGUCGCUCUCUGUGUUAUACCUUAUGCACAAUACCCGUCGACGUGUUAUCAGAUGCGAGGAACAAUCAAUGCUGCACGCAACUUCGUACUUAUAUGCACUCACCUGGCUUCGUGGUCGGCCUAAAAAGCCUUACAAAUGCACCUCUACGCACGCCACUUGUGUGCGCACGUAUAUUUUUGUAUAAUAUACGGUGUAACAUCCCGCGACGCCUGUACAAUGAAUAUGGUGUGCUGUCAACGAUGUACUCAUGCUGUGGGACAAAGCGAUAUUUUUAACUAACAUGCCAGUCGCUGAUUUUAUUUUUUGCUGUGGCGCGAUACGAACGAAUGAAAAUAAAAGACCUUGCAUUUCUACGAA